ACGCGCCUGCUACCGGCACGCAGUUCAAAAACGGGAAGCGGAGUGAUACAAUACACACGAUCGUUGUCCGUUGUUGUCAAACCAAGGGAGGGUAGGCUACCUGAGCGAACAAGUCGCGUAGGUUGGGAAUGAAUAUAGAAAUUGGAGCAGAUAACUGUCAUUUGAUGUGCUGAAAUGACAGUUUUCAAUGUGGGAUCUAUAUCAUUCAGUUGAUUACAGCUGUUCCAUUGCAACAGCUGCUGAUGGUUUUUUCCGUUUGUUCUCUUGGACGAUAAAAAGAUGAUAAUUGUAGUACUCCGUUACAGUGCCUAAGUUGUCAGUGAGCUGUCGGGGCGUGGCGGCAUGCGAUCCCCCUGAGCAAGACAGCGCCCUCCAGAGGUGACAGCAGGGAGGACAGGCAGCAGGAUGCCAGUGCAGGCGGCCCAGUGGACAGAGUUCCUCUCCUGCCCCAUCUGCUACAACGAGUUUGACAGCAGUGGCCACAAGCCCAUCAGUCUGGGCUGCUCGCACACUGUGUGUAAGACCUGUCUCCACAAGCUGCACCGCAAGGCCUGUCCGUUCGACCAGACAGCCAUCAACACUGACAUCGACCUCCUGCCAGUCAACAGUGCCCUGCUACAGCUGGUGGGAGCUCAGGCUGUGGAGUCCCAGGCUGUGACUCUGAGCAGUGCUGUGGAGGUAGGGCACUAUGAGGUGUGCAGGGUGUGUGUGGAGGAGCUGGCUCUCUAUCUCAAACCCAUCAGUGGAGGAAAAGGUGUGGUGACCCUCAGUCCGAGCGUGCUCAGUCGGCCCAUGCAGAGGAAGCUGGUGACACUCGUCAACUGUCAGCUGGUGGAGGAGGAGGGGCGGUUGCGGGCAGUGCGGGCGGGCAGGUCGCUAGGGGAACGUACCGUCACAGAGCUCAUCCUGCAGCACCAGAACCCACAGCAGCUCUCUGCUAACCUGUGGGCCGCCGUCAGAGCACGGGGAUGCCAGUUCCUGGGGCCUGCCACGCAGGAGGAUGCUCUGAAGCUGGUACUGUUGGCGCUAGAGGACGGCUCAGCUCUGUCCAGGAAAGUUCUUGUCCUUUUUGUGGUCCAGAAGCUGGAGGCUCGGUUCCCUCAGGCCUCCAAAACCUCCAUAGGACAUGUGGUUCAGCUACUCUACAGGGCCUCCUGCUUUAAGGUGACGAAGCGUGACGAGGACUCGUCGUUGAUGCAGCUAAAGGAGGAGUUCCGUGCGUACGAGGCGCUGCGUCGCGAGCAUGAUGCCCAGAUCGUACACAUCGCCAUGGAGGCAGGGCUCCGUAUCUCCCCUGAACAGUGGUCCUCUCUGCUCUAUGGAGACCUCAUCCACAAGUCACACAUGCAGUCUAUCAUCGACAAGCUCCAGUCCCCAGAAUCCUUCGCAAAGAGUGUCCAGGAGCUGACGAUAGUUCUACAGAGAACAGGAGACUCAGCCAAUCUGAACAGCCUCAGACCACACCUGGAACUACUGGCCAACAUCGACCACAGCCCAGAUGCAGCGGCGGCUCCGUGUUGGGAGGAGCUGGAGAGUGUGAUGCUGGCGGUGAAGGUGGUCGUUCAUGGUCUGGUUGAGUUUAUACACAACUUCAGUAGGAAGAGCCAUGAGACAGCACAGCCGCAGCCCAACAGCAAAUAUAAGACCAGUAUCUGUCGAGACCUCCGGCAGCAGGGUGGCUGUCCCCGAGGAUCCAACUGCACCUUCGCACACACACAGGACGAGCUAGAGAAGAACAGAAUGAGAAACAAGAAGAUCAGUGGCGUGGGCCGGCCCUUCCUCCUGGCCCAGGGGAGUAUGGGUAGUGCUCUGAGUAUGGAGGGGGGCGACUCAGGAGAGGAGGCCUGCACUGGGGGCCUGAAGAGCUCAGACAGUGGGGGGUCAGGGUCCCUAAAGGAGGGGGCCACACCCUCCCAGCUCAUGCCCAGGGGAGAGGAUAUGAUGGAGGAGAUGAAGAGGGAGAGGUCUGUAUUUAACGGAUCCACAGCCUCCAGCCGAUCCUCAUCUGGCUCUAUGGAACAGAAGUCUAUUUCUCCUCCAAAGACACCAGUCAAUUCCUCCUCAGCUCCUUCUCCCUAUGGCCCAGGGUCUAGACUAGAGUGUGACUCUGCACACCCCAAACAGGCCCAGUACCUAAUGAUAAGACCCCUUCCUCAGCCCCCUCCCCACCAACCUCAGUCCUCUGAACUGUGUUACCAGGACCCCCAACCUCCCUACGACGUGCAGCCCUACCAGCCAGCCAGUAACUACUACCCCUCUGCGAUACACCACCACAAACCCUGCGUGGCUCGCUUCCUCCGUUCCAGCCAUGUCCCAGAGUCCUCUCUGCCUCCCUCCAUGUCCCCUCUGUACUCAGAGCAGUACCCCUCCUUGCCCCCACCACGGGAGCACACUGGUCCCUCUCCCUACGGUCCCUCAUCGGUCCCCCAGUACGGGCCCCUGGCCCCAGCCCACGGUGGCUACGCUCCCCUGUAUGACAGCCGGCAUAUGUGGAGGCCCCAGCUGUACCACCGAGAGGACGCCAGGAGUAACUCGCUGCCUCCCGAGGUGCUGCACUCCUCUGUGUACCAGCCCCCCCUUCGAGAGAGAUACGCCUCCCUGGACAGCCCCUACUGCUCAGCGGGGGAGCACAGAGCAGCACUGCACAGGAACUCUUAUGGGCGUUUUCCUCUUGGAUGCGAGGAUCUGUUCAGGCGGAAACAGGAGCAGUGGGCACACCAUCACCACGGCAACGUGAACAGGCCCUCCCAGUCCUCCCCCGUCUUCACCGUAGACUUUGGUGCAGAGCAUGAUGACGGUGGUGGUGGUCAGUGUAUGAACUGUAAGUUCCGUGGCGAGGAGAAUCUGUCCCACUACUCUCCCUGGUCCUGUGGAACCAUCAGUACCUGCAUCAGCCCCUUUGAACCAGAGUAUCACAAGGCCUCAGCUCACUCCCGCUCCGAAAACUUAGAAGUAGACAAUGGUGAAAAGACGCGGUGGCUACACACGUUUGAGCCCUACCGCCGUCUGAAAGAUGAGGACCCCAGCAUACCGUUUGAAACCUACCUCCGUCUGAAAGACGAGGACCCCAGCAUACCGUUUGAGCCCUACCGCCGUCUGAAAGAUGAGGACCCCAGCAUACCGUUUGAAACCUACCGCCGUCUGAAAGACGAGGACCCCAGCAUACCGUUUGAGCCCUACCGCCGUCUGAAAGACGAGGACCCCAGCAUACCGUUUGAAACCUACCGCCGUCUGAAAGAUGAGGACCCCAGCAUACCGUUUGAAACCUACCGCCGUCUGAAAGACGAGGACCCCAGCAUACCGUUUGAAACCUACCGCCGUCUGAAAGACGAGGACCCCAGCAUACCGUUUGAAACCUACCGCCGUCUGAAAGACGAGGACCCCAGCAUACCGUUUGAAACCUACCGCCGUCUGAAAGACGAGGACCCCAGCAUACCGUUUGAGCCCUACCGCCAUCUGAAAGACGAGGACCCCAGCAUACCGUUUGAGCCCUACCGCCGUCUGAAAGACGAGGACCCCAGCAUACCGUUUGAGCCCUACUGCCGUCUGAAAGACGAGGACCCCAGCAUACCGUUUGAGCCCUACCGCCGUCUCAGAGACGAGGACCCCAGCAUACCGUUUGGAGAGGGGCCCAUCAUACCGUUUGGAGAAGGGCCUAUCAUCUCCAAAUGGGGGGUGAUAUCCCGCGCCUCCCGUACAGGAUACCACACCACCGACCCGGUCCAGGCCACAGCCUGCCAGGGAAGCAACAGCACCAUCCCCAUCAACUUCAGAGAUUAUGGUCCACGCAUCGGCCAUGGGGACUACAGGUGGAGCUCCGGGGGUUCUGACUCUUCCAGCCACUCCAGUUUCCUAGAGGGUGAACAGCUAGCCGCCCUUCGGCGGUCCUUCAGCAGUGGAGAGAAGGUUGGUGCAGGAGACAUGCUGCAGACUGACUACUGUAAAGACACGACAGAGCAUCAACUGGACAGAGACGUAGAACUGGAGCUGUCUGUACUAGACGUAGAGGACCCUGUCCUGCAGGACAACCGUCAACAGUCUGAGAAGCCCCUGGAGCUGAGAGAGCCCCACCUCCUCACCCCUCCCAGCAGUGAACCCAUGAGGACACAGACAGACAAGCUGUCAGCAGACAAGAUGGAAGCUCAACUACUGAAGAAGAUGGCCUUCAGGAGGUCUCUCUCCCCUGUAGGUCUGGGCUCAGGAGGCCUCAGCGUGGGGAAGCUGAUGAUGAGGACCGGCCCUCUGAGACUGGGGGACAUGGGCCCUUGCCCUAACACAGGCCCUGAGAUGCUGCUCAACGGGAACUGAGAGGGCAAACACACCUCACCGCCACGCCUGGGGGUGCCGAAGGUGGUCCCGAAGCGGUGGCCCCGAGCAUUGGUACCGGCCCAGCGCUACACAGCUCCUACACCUGCUGUCACAGUAACAUCUUAGGAUUGUAUAGGCCUGUAUCAUCAGACAGCGAUAAGGUCUCACCCCACUAAUAUCACCAGUCUGAGGGCAUAUUACAUACAGUAUGCUACUUUAGACCACAGGUAGUGUUGUUUCAAACAUGACAAAGAGAGAUGUAUAGUUCAGACACACACACACACA